GCCUCAGCAGCGGUAGCGGCGGCGGCGGCGGCGGCAGCGGCUGCGGGAACUUGAGUGGCGGCGAUCUUAAUGGCUGCGCGCGGGCCGCGGUGAGGCGCGGGCGGAGAGCGACGGACGCGGGGCCGCGGAGCAGCGAGGGCGAGUGAGCGCGCGCGGCCGUACCCCGGCCAGGCCCGGCCCGACCCGCCGAGCCCGCGAUGCGCCCCGGGGCCGCCCCCCGGCGCAGCUGACGCCGCGGCCCGCGGAGACCCCGGCCGGCCGGCCCCGCGUGAGCGGCCGCCGCCGGCCCAGGCCACGAUGGCGGGGAAGGCGGCCGCCCCGGGCACCGCGGUGCUGCUGGUCACGGCCAACGUGGGCUCGCUGUUCGACGACCCAGAAAACCUACAGAAGAACUGGCUUCGGGAAUUUUAUCAGGUCGUGCACACGCACAAGCCGCACUUCAUGGCUCUGCACUGCCAGGAGUUUGGAGGGAAGAACUACGAGGCCUCCAUGUCCCACGUGGACAAGUUUGUCAAAGAGCUGCUGUCCAGUGACGCGAUGAAGGAGUACAACCGGGCCCGCGUCUACCUGGACGAGAACUUCAAAUCCCAGGAGCACUUCACGGCAUUAGGAAGCUUUUAUUUUCUUCAUGAGUCCUUAAAAAACAUCUACCAGUUUGACUUUAAAGCCAAGAAGUAUAAAAAGGUCACUGGCAAAGAGAUCUACUCGGACACGCUGGAGAGCACACCCAUGCUGGAGAAGGAGAAGUUUCCGCAGGACUACUUCCCCGAGUGCAAAUGGUCGAGAAAAGGCUUCGUGCGGACAAGAUGGUGCGUUGCAGACUGUGCCUUUGACUUGGUCAACAUCCAUCUUUUUCAUGAUGCUUCCAAUUUGGUCGCCUGGGAGACAAGCCCUUCGGUGUACUCGGGGAUCCGGCAUAAGGCCCUGGGCUACGUGCUCGACAGAAUCAUCGACCAGCGAUUCGAGAACGUGUCCUACUUUGUGUUUGGCGAUUUCAACUUCCGGCUGGACUCCAAGUCCGUGGUGGAGACUCUCUGCACAAAGGCCACGAUGCAGACCGUCCGCGCCGCCGACACCAAUGAAGUCGUGAAGCUGAUAUUUCGCGAGUCGGACAAUGACCGGAAGGUUAUGCUUCAGCUGGAAAAGAAACUCUUCGACUAUUUCAACCAGGAGGUUUUCCGUGACAACAACGGCACCGCGCUCUUAGAAUUUGACAAAGAGCUGUCUGUUUUUAAGGACAGACUGUAUGAACUGGACAUCUCGUUCCCUCCCAGCUACCCGUACAGCGAGGACUCCGGCCAGGGCCAACAGUACAUGAACACCCGGUGCCCUGCAUGGUGCGACCGCGUCCUCAUGUCCCCAUCCGCCAGGGAGCUGAUUCUGAAGUCGGAGAGCGAGGAGAAGGUUGUCACCUACGACCACAUUGGGCCCAACGUCUGCAUGGGAGACCACAAGCCCGUGUUCCUGGCCUUCCGCAUCGCGCCCGGGGCAGGUAAACCUCAUGCCCAUGUGCACAAGUGUUGUGUCGUGCAGUGACGUGUGGGAGGCGAUGCCAGCGACACCAGAGGGCCCUUCGCGAGACCUCCCUGUAGCGCCUGGAGCCGGUGGGAGUCCCAUCCAUUGAAACACGUCCUCCUAACAGCUGCAUCGACAAACCCGCCCGAGCGCCACCCGCUAGACGGCCGGCCCCACACUUCGCUUCAGCCUCCGGACCGUUCCGGAAAAGCCUCACAUACCUCACUGUCUUGUCUGUUCAUGUGACAUUAAGUAGAAAUAUUGGGUUUUUGUAAUAAGUCACCGUCCUGUUGCCAAAACUCUAUUAUAGACAGGAGAGGGAGUCUGUAUUUUAGACUUCAGAGUUUCCAUUUUUAAUAAUUGUCAGCGUGGGAAGAGCUUCUCCGGCGUGGAAACCCCCCAGGUGUCCCAGGUCCCCCUCUGCCAGCUGGAGGCGUGCCCGGGGGCGGGCGGCGGGCGGGGGCUCUUUGCGACUCCGGCAGUGUGGCCACUGUGAGGAGAGCAAGGGGCCCUGGUCUUCGCCUCGGGCGGCUCCCCUUCCGUGUUAUUUACUGCCGCGUUACAUGGUUUUUGAAUCACACUGCAGCUGCUUUCCGUUUUUAUAUAUAUAAAUAUAUAUAAAUAUAUACUUUUUAAAAAUAAUUUAUAAAUCUUACCAAAACUUAUGCUAAAUAUACUUUCCGGGACGAAUGCUUGCGAGGGUCCUGUCGGCAGGUAGGAAUGGAGUCGAGUUCGGGGACGUGCACAUCCGCACGGACCCAUCCGGCCUUGCGGCCUAGCGGUGCCGUCCUGCGUGGACGUCGACCACAGCACAUCUACACUUGCAGAUUCUUACUCCUAUGCCUUUUUUUCUGUGUACUCUUAAGAACUGAAUGUGAAGUUUCUAGCUAGCUCGGGUGUACCUUUUAAGAAUUUUGUAAACUGUCCCGUCUGUCUUUUGUUACUGUUCUAUGGUGCCAAGUAUUCUACAUAAAACAAUAAUAUCAUGGGAGAAACAAAAAUAGCCUAGUCUGCUUCAGAUAGAAACUGCUUUUAACAUGGGCUGUAUAUAAAACUACUAAGAGAAACAAAACCGUAAGUUUCCUCGGCUGCUCCGUUGCACCCAGCCUACGUGGUAACCUUGCUGCGACCAUCUCCCCUAGCACGAAGUACAGCAUUAAAAGGUCAUUGCAGAGCCUGUGGAUGAAACACAACCUAUGUUUUAUUGAUCCGCUUUAGAACACUACACAAUUCCUGGACUGGGUACAGGCCUUAGAUGCUCGUUUUUAGGUAAAUCACUACCAUUGCAAGUGAUUGGGUGUCCGCUUGCUGAUCUGUUCUUGACAGUGUGGUCGGGGUCAGUGCUUUGGCCGCUGUGCUCUGUCCACGUGCCACACGGCAGGCCCGCCCCACGAGCUUCUGUGUAACGGGGUUUCAGCUGUUGGUCACUGUGGAGGCCUCUAAAAAUGACCGCUCCGGUUCCUAAGCAAUAAAAUUGAUCAUGGUGAAAACA